AUGCUCUGUUGGGCCAACCUGAAGUCCUCCGUCUGGGCUUAUCCCACCGCCGUCCUGUGCCUUUAUGGUUUUUUUGCUAACUGCAGAAUGGCAGAGCCCUUCCUCAUACCGUACCUGAUUGGACCACACAAGAACAUCUCUGGAGAAGUGGUGACCAACUACCUGUUCCCUAUCUGGACAUAUUCCUACCUGGCCUUCCUUUUUCCUGUCUUCCUCCUGACUGACUUCCUGAGGCAUAAGCCCCUCAUUAUGGUACAGGGGCUCUUCCUGGUCACCAACUACAUCCUGCUCUGCUUUGCCCCGGGUCUGCCUUCUAUGAUCUGCCUUCAGGUCAACUAUGCUGUAGUGACAUCCACUGAGGUGGCUUACUUAUCCUACAUUUACAGUGUGAUUCCAGUUGAGCAUUACCAAAGAGCCACUGGUUACCUGCGCAGUGCCAUGCUGGCUGGAUAUACAUUUGGUGCCAGCCUGGGCCAAAUACUCGUCUCGCUGGCAGGAGUGGACUACUUCUACAUCAAUGCUAUUACUCUGGGGAUUGUAAGCAUGUCUUUUCUCGUCUCCUUCUGGUUGCCCAUGCCCCAGAGGAGCCUGUUCUUCAAAGGGAAAAAGGCUGCAGCUGUGGGCUUGCAGUCCCAGCAGGAGGGCACCAAGGAACCAGUGAUGGAUAUGGAUGAAGUUGGCUUGGGGAAAGACAAGAUGGAGCAUAAUGGCAGUGCUGGCUGGUGCAGCGGGGAAAAUGUGGCGACGGCAGGCCAUCUACUUUGGCAAAGCUUCAGGGAGUCGUAUUCUUCCAGGCAUUUAAUCUAUUGGUCCCUGUGGUGGGCUCUGGCCACAGCUGGCUACGUGCAGAUUUUUAACUACAUCCAGCUAAUGUGGGACCAUAUAGAACCAUCUGCCACAUCGUCUGUCUACAACGGAGGUGUAGAGGCUGCGUGCUCUCUUGUGGGUGCUGCAGCGGCCUUCUCCGUGGGCCACGUCAAGGUGAACUGGGCCGUGUGGGGAGAGCUGGCAUUAGGGUUGUUCUCAGCUGUGGCCACAGGUGCUGUGUUUCUGAUGGCACUCACCAGCAGUAUCUGGGCCUGCUAUGCUGGUUAUGUUGUAUUUAAGUCCUGCUACAUGCUUCUCAUCACCAUCACAGCAUUUCAGAUCGCAUCCAACCUCUCCAUGGAGUGCUACGCUUUGACAUUCGGGAUCAACACUUUUGUAGCCCUUUCACUGCAGACCCUCAUUACACUCAUAGUUGUGGAUGAAGCUACACUGGGACUGGACAUUGUGACACAGUUCAUCAUCUACGGCAGCUACUACGCCGUCAUUUCUGUGCUGUUUCUGAUUCGAGGGACUUACACCGCCUGUGUAAAUCAACACAACCCUGAACACACCCAAACCAAGGAGGCAAGUGUGGAGGUGAUUUCUACUGAACGUUUCUGACAAAGGUCAACA